AUGGAUAAUGAUGUAACGAAUUAUACGGUGAUAGGCCGCAUUGGUGAGGGCGCUCAUGGAUUAGUCUUCAAAGCAAGGCACAUAGCGACUGGCCGUGAAGUGGCCCUCAAGAAGAUCUUGAUAAAAAACCUCGAGGAUGGUAUCCCGGUUAAUGUGAUGCGGGAAAUAAAGGCGCUGCAAUUGCUUCGGUGCAAAUACAUUAUAAAACUCUACGAAAUGUUUCCCCGGGGUAUGAGCCUGGUCCUCGUCUUGGAGUAUAUGAGCUCAGGUCUCUGGGAUAUGCUGCACCAUUCGCAGCAGGAACUCACCUUGCCCAGGGUCAAAACUUAUGCCCAAAUGCUUUUAAAAGGCACGAGAUACAUGCACGCGCAUUAUGUGAUGCAUAGGGAUCUCAAACCAGCUAACCUGCUUAUUAACCACGAGGGUAUACUGAAGAUUGCAGACUUGGGUCUUGCGCGUCUUUACUGGCCUGAUGGGGGCAGGCCUUACUCACACCAGGUCGCUACAAGAUGGUACCGAGCUCCUGAACUUUUGUAUGGCGCUAGAUUCUACACAGAGAAAGUGGACCUGUGGGCUGUCGGUUGUAUUUUAGCUGAAUUGAUUACAAAGCAACCAUUGUUUGCUGGUGAAUCAGACAUUGAACAGUUGGCAAUAGUACUUCAACACCUAGGAACACCGACUGAAGAAACUUGGCCAGGACAUUCAGAGCUGCCAGACUUCCACAAGAUCACAUUUCCCGAGUCUGCGCCCACGCCCUGGCCAGAACUCCUGCCAGGAGUAGAGCCAGACGCUGUGGAUCUCGUCAAAUCAUUCAUUAUGUACGAUGCGGACAAGAGGAUAUCGGCUAAACAGGCACUUAGACAUCAAUGGUUUCACAACCGUCCACAGCCAGCUUCCUUACAAGACAUGCCAAAGCCAGUUAUGAACAAAUUGAAAUGA